AUGUGCAUCAAUGAUGACACAAGUCUGCAAGAGAUGUUCUCAAUCUACUAUCAAGCCCAAUCACAAGUGUCUGUUAUUGAGCUGUAUGUGGAGUUCGACCAAUUACCGAAUAUGGUGGAACAACAUGAUCAUAAUUUCGAUUGGGAAAAUUAUAACGGUGACAGUGAAGAGGAAUAUGAAGGCAAUUACGAUUUCGAUGAUCCGAAUGCAGACGAGGAACAAGAGGACUGCACCAUUGAGUCAGACGUCACAAAUGCACUAGCGAAUCCACAUGUGGUCAAAGAUGGUAAAUUUGUCAUAAGGAUGGAAUUUAAUUCUAGAGAGGCUUUGAUAAAGGUAGUUAAAGAUUAUACCAUUCACAAAGGUGUUAAUUAUCGGGUUUUUGAGUCUGAGCCGACGACAUUUUACGCGAAAUGUGUGCAAUAUGGGCAAAGCUGUGAUUGGCUUAUCAAGGUUAGCAUUAUGCGAAGAAAGUAUUGUUGGGAGAUUAGACGAUACAAUGACAGCCAUACUUGUACUAGAGCCACUAUUUCUCAGGAUCAUUCAAAGUUGGACUCAGACACUAUUACAGAAGCAAUUAAGCCAUUGGUAGAGACUGAUUCAUCCAUAAAAGUGCGACCAGUGAUUGCAGAUAUCCAAUCGAAGUUUAACUAUACGAUUAGUUAUCGCAAAGCAUGGUUGGCUAAGCAGAAGGCAGUUGAAAAAAUUUUUGGAGGGUGGGAAGCCUCUUAUGAAGCGUUGCCCACAUGGUUUGAGACAAUGGUGAAGAAAGAGCCAUCAGCAGCCGUUGAAUAUGAAACGUUAUCUUGCUACCGCAUGGAUGAAUUGGCUCAGGAUGUCAGGGUAGAUGGCACACACUUGUAUAAAAAAUAUAAAGGAGUAUUGCUGGUCGCAGUUUCUCAAUAUGGCAACAACAAUAUUGUGCCAAUUGCGUUUGCGCUUGUAGAGGGAGAGACAUCAGAUGCAUGGUUUUUUUUUCUUCGUCAUUUGCGAACCCAUGUGGUGACGAAGGUUGGGGUGGGACUUAUCUCUAAUCGACACGAGUCUAUUAGGUCAACAGUUUUUCGUUGUGAUGGAGCAUGGGAGCCACCAAGAGCCAUAUACAUGUUCUGUAUUAGGCACAUAGCAUCCAACUUCUUGAAGAAGUUCAAGGCACCGUUCAUGCAAAAGCUUGUGGUGAAUAUAGGUAAUUAA